UCUUCUCAGGAAAGACCGUUUCAAAGCUCUCCUUAUAAUCAUUCACACUUUCCCUCUCUUUCUCUCUGGUUUUUCUCACCCUACAUUCUCUGGUUUCUCUCCAAACCCACCAACCUCUCUUCCCUCUCAUCUUAUAAAACAUAUCAUCACUUUUUUUUCCAAGCAAGAAACGAUCCCCAGAACCUCCAUUAACACAAGAAAACAUGAUCUCUUCAGUUAGGCUCAGAACCCCAACUUUCACGUCGGCACAGUUCUCGAACCAGAAGUGUUGUUUGGGAAAGAUAGAGUAUUGUUCCCUCCCUAAUAUUCAGAAUGCGAAACAGAGCAUCCUCUGUUCCUCCAAGCCGCUUCACAUUUCUUCAGCCGGUUUUGCGUUGGUGGCCAAGACUCACAAGCGCGGUUCGACAAGGUGUGAUGUCUAUGAGGCAGACAGAUCACGCCCGAUUGAGAUCAACAUCGACCUACCGGACCAGCAGGUUCGGAAGGAGACAGCUCAGACUCUCAAGAUUAGUCUCUACUUUGCGAUCUGGUGGGCUUUGAAUGUUGUGUUCAAUAUAUACAACAAGAAGGUUUUGAAUGUGUUCCCAUUUCCAUGGCUCACAUCCACGUUGUCACUCGCAACUGGGUCUCUGAUGAUGCUCAUUUCAUGGGCCGUUGGGAUUGCUGAAGCCCCCAAAACAGAUAUGGACUUCUGGAAGACAUUGUUUCCGGUUGCAGUGGCGCAUUCAAUUGGGCAUGUAGCAGCGACCGUGAGUAUGUCAAAGGUUGCAGUUUCAUUCACGCAUAUCAUCAAGAGUGGUGAACCUGCUUUCAGUGUCUUGGUUUCGAGGUUCUUAUUAGGCGAAACGUUUCCCAGUUCGGUUUACCUCUCACUGUUGCCAAUUAUCGGAGGGUGUGCGCUUGCUGCUGUAACCGAGAUCAAUUUCAACAUGAUUGGGUUUAUGGGUGCUAUGAUAUCGAAUCUGGCAUUCGUGUUCCGAAACAUAUUUUCGAAGAAAGGGAUGAAGGGGAAGUCUGUCAGUGGCAUGAACUACUAUGCUUGUCUGUCUAUGUUGUCUCUAUUGAUCCUGAUUCCGUUUGCCAUUGCCGUCGAGGGUCCCCAGUUAUGGGCAGCUGGAUGGAAGACAGCUCUUGCACAGAUUGGUCCCAAUUUCAUAUGGUGGUUGGCAGCUCAGAGUAUCUUCUAUCACUUGUAUAAUCAGGUUUCAUACAUGUCACUCGAUCAGAUUUCUCCCUUAACAUUCAGCAUCGGGAACACAAUGAAGCGUAUAUCCGUCAUAGUUUCCUCCAUUAUCAUUUUCCGCACCCCUGUUCAACCGGUCAAUUGCCUUGGAGCAGGCAUUGCAAUCCUUGGCACCUUCCUCUACUCACAGGGCAACAAGGGCAGCAAGGGCAGCAAGAAGUAAGGAAUUUUGAAGAUAUUAAAGCUAGCAUGUAACAUAGAUGAUGACGAGAGACGGUGAGACUUGUCUGCCUAUAGAUAUAUGGACGUUUUGAACAAUCAAUCAAACGGGUAUAUGAGAAUAUGUUCAACUGAACUUCGUGGUUUUGUGUCAUCUAGAUCAUAGUCUUGAACCCAUGGAUUUGGUUCAUAUGGUUAGAGAGUAUAGAUGCCUUUUUGUUCACUGGUUGAGAGCUGAGAAAUUGUAUUGUAGGUUUUGUAGUAAAUAAGAACAAUGUUUGUUGAGGCCCAUUACCUUUUGAGCCACAAUAAGAGUCGGAGUUCAAAUUUUGUCAA